AUGGCCCCUGCGAAAGCGUCAUCUGGGAAGGACACCUACUCGGUGAUCCUGCCCACCUUCAACGAGCGCCAGAACCUGCCCAUCAUCACCUGGCUGCUCAACCGCACCUUUACCGAGCACAACCUCGACUGGGAACUAGUCAUCGUCGACGACGGCUCGCCCGACGGCACCCAAGAAGUGGCCAAGCAGCUCGUCAAGGCCUACGCGCCGCACGUGCAACUCCAGACGCGCACCGGCAAGCUGGGGCUGGGCACGGCUUACGUACACGGUCUGCAGUUCGCCCGGGGCAACCACAUCAUCAUCAUGGACGCCGACUUCAGCCACCACCCCAAGUUCAUCCCGCGGAUGAUCGCGCUGCAAAAGCGCCACAACUACGACAUCGUCACGGGCACGCGCUACGCCGGCGACGGCGGCGUCUACGGUUGGGACCUAAAGCGCAAGCUGACGAGUAAAGGCGCCAACAUCUUUGCCGACACGGUGCUGAGGCCCGGGGUGAGCGACCUGACCGGCAGCUUUCGGCUGUACAAGCGGGUGGUGCUGGAGAAGCUGUUUGAGAGCACCGAUGCGCGCGGGUUCACCAUGCAGAUGGCGCUGGCGGUCACGGCCAAGGCCAAGGGCUACAGCAUUGGGGAAGUGCCCAUCUCGUUUGUGGAUCGGGUGUAUGGGGACAGUAAGCUGGGCGGGGAGGAAAUUGUUGAGUAUGCCAAGGGGGUGUUGCAGCUUUGGUGGUCGACGUGA